UUGGUGUUACAGAAAAGAGUUUUCCCUUCUCAGCCUCAUGAGACCCCCGUGUUUCCUCAGCUGCGUGACUCGGGCCCGCUGAACACACGAGCAGGAGAAAGCUGGGCUCCUGCAGGGCACAGAGCCAUCCCCGUGCGUUUCCAUCCUGCCCCGUUCCUGUUGCGGGUGCCGGGGGCUGUCGGGUGCUUUAGAUUUACCGUAGCGAGCUGGGUUUCCAGCACGACGCAGCGUCAACGAGUGCUGCAGCUCAGCACCAAGGGCACGGCCUGGCCCCCUUGCGCUGUGCUGGUGUCUGACCUGGGGCCGUGCAGUGAAUUGCUUUGGGCCGCGUGGUACAUGACCACGAUCGGGGGUGAUCUGUCAGCCUGGCGUUAUUUAGCUGGCUCCGAGUACCAGCGAGCUGUGUUUUGACUCCAUUUCUUCUAAUCCCCCUGACGCCAGCGCAGCACGGGCCGGGGAGCUGACCACAGCUCGGAGCCAGCCCGCUCCAGCCCCGCCGGCACCGGGCCUCCCACGCUCAGCCCCCUCGGAGCCCACGUCGUAGCAGGAUGCCAUUUUCUGUGCCCUUCCUCUUCGCUGCGUUUCCUGCAGUAUUCCUGGGCUGUUUGGAAGGACUCGACAUCGGUUUCUAAUCAGCGGUGGCAGCGGAGCAGUUCUGCGUCGCGGGGCGUGAUGACGUUGUUUGGCUCCGGUGGCUGCCAGGUGAGUGAAAGUCGAUCCGGAGCUGCGGAGCGAGUGGAAAUAAUGUGGCCCGAGACAUGUGCAUGUAAUUUGUGCGGAUGAUUCAAACGAGAGCCAUGGCAACUGAGAUAAACAGAGGAAAAGAUACUGGAAAAGCAGCAGCGGCUCCGUUUUAAUAGCGCGGCCUUUCUUCCAGACGGCUCAGAUGUUUACUAUAAGAGCUCCAUCCUCCUGCGUGUCUCUUCCUCCCGGCCGCCCCCAUCGCUUCGCGUGCACUUAGUCAUGAGAUCGGAUGGCUCCUUGGGCAAAGCGCCGCAGGCCAAAUUCCACAGUUUCUGCUCGAGCAAAAAAGCCCUUGACCGUCCUCAAAUACGGGCUGCAGAGCUUCUCUCCCUGUCUUCACCGCUGUGAUGCAAAGGACCCCGAUUAAAAACCCGUCUUCCUCGAGCUCCGUAUGGAUCCAAAUGUGCUUCCUGCAAGCGUCAGAGGGGUUUUUGGCUCGGUGGGAUGUCUGAGAGUGGGACGAGCUUCUGCUCGAGAUAAAGCUAUUGGGCAAGCGUGAAGCCUGUGCUGUGUGAAGGUAAUGUCUGAAAUGGAAAGAACGGAGCGAAGCGCGCCGCCGCCACGCUUCCCACGUGAAGCCGGGGAGGAGUUGGCCGGUGUGCGGCUGUGGAAUAACAGCCCCUUCCUGAGGAGAUCGAGCGCGGCUCCCGUGCCAGGGCUGUCACGUGCUUGGCAGCGGGGCCGUGCUGGUGUGUGGGCUUCUGGGCAGCCGAGACCUCAAGCUGCGAGUGGAAACAACCCAGCGAGAGCCGCGGCCGCCUGGCGCUGUGCGGCGGGGAGAGGGCUGGGAACGAGGACCUGCCUCCGUGGAGCCAUCCCGAUGCCCGUGCGUGCCGACAGGGCUCGUGUAAUCCCAUGCAGGGCUACAGUCGGCGUGCUGGUCCCCAGUCCCACCCCCCCGGGGGACCUGCUGGUGAUUCACCUCGGUGGAUCAUAAUUCCUGACGCUUUUCUGAUCGCUGCCCUCAGUGCGUCCUCGCUUCCCGGGCUGCAGAUCCAGGCUGACUGGGGGGCGCAAGCUUUCAAGCGGUUUAAAAGCUGGCCGGUUUCCUACGCCGGUGCAGUUAGCCUGCCUCAGAGAUGCAUCUUUGUGUCUCCUUUUCAUCAUGAAUUAGCUUCUCAAUUCUGCCAUUCCAAGAUAUUGUGAAUACCAAUAAAAAAAUCCAAAUAAAGUUGAGUACACUUACCCUCUAGUUGCAUUUUUAAACUUGAGGUUCAGUAUAAGACUCCCAGUGUCUGAACAGAGAAUUACUGGGCAUGUGCUGUGUUUUUUUGCUUUUUUAUAUUAAUUUAAAAAAAGGAUUAAAGUUAGUUGUGCAAAUAUCCUUUAAUUCAUCGUUUUCCAGGAGGAGUGGAGCCAGGGCACUGGUUGCUGAGCUCUUGGCUCAGGACUUGCAUGAAGCCCUGCGCCUCUCAGCACAUGCUCCAGGCCUCCAGCCUGCCCCAUAUGCGUGGUUGCAGCGCCUGCCUCUCUGUUACAUGCUGUGAAGAUUGAAGUACAAACAGGUUUGGUUUAGACAUUUAUCUUAUUUAACUUGGCUUGAAGGGAAUAACAAGGCUCCCUAGCAAGCCUUUUUCCUGAAUUUUUUAUUAUCAGUGUUAAUGUAGAUGAUAAAAACAAGGCACUCGUCUUUCUCUGAUUUUUUUUCCCACUUCAUUGUUCAGUUUUACAUUUUUAUAUUACUUCCAGUUCUCCUGUCACAGUGGCAUCUUUCAGAGUGGAUAAAAGCUGAAAGUUACAAGCAGAAAACAAAAAAAAAUCAGCUGCCUUUGGAGCUCAAACAUGAGGCAGCAAACGUAAGUCAGAAGCCCGGUGUUUGUUUUGCUUUUAUCGCCAUUCCUGUAAGGAGAAAAAAAAAAAGUACAUAAAGGGUCCAUCUUCUGACAUUCAGUGACCGGAGGAGCACAGAAAGCUGAGUGAAAGGCUUCAGAAGAGAGAAUUUAUUUAGUCUUCAGACAUGGAAGAUGCCUUCUCUGGUGCCACAGCUCUGCAUUCAUCUUCCAGCUGAUUUGCUGACGGGUAGAGUUGAGAAACUGGGCACCGGUGCGGAGAAGCUGGGACAGACGUUGUGUGCGGGGUGCUCUGAAAGGUGCAGCCUGGGGGCAGAGACGUGCAUCGCUGCGGCCCCACACACAGGGAACAAGCCGAAAAGGUGCCCAGGUGGUGGACCUGCGCUCCUGGGGUUUAGCCAAGAGUGAACCAUUUCCCAAAAGUGAACUAUUUCCUUCUGGAUCUGAGUGGGAACAGGAGCAUCCCUAGCAGUGCACCCUAGGAAUGGACGUGCUGGUGGUUAACGCGUUUACUAGAAGGAAAGGGACUGAAACUUGUUCCCUGUUUCACAGGGGUGAUGCCCGCUCGGUAAGAGCACCUGAUUUACACCGUUCUUCGGUGGCCGGUUUUUGACUGGAAACGUUUGGAGCCUGUUUUGAAGCUGUGCAGAAGGAGCGUGCUUGCGUCAGCCCGAAAAUGCAGGCAGACCACCUGUAACACAACUGCGGCUGCUGCGCUUUCAGCUGAGCCAGACCAAGCGAGGUGCGUCCGAGGCAGCCGCCCCCUGCAGCAAAUCUUGUGAAAACAACAUCCCUUGUGAUUCAGCUCCGCUGGCUGUCUGGCACCGGGCUGACGCAGUGCUGGGGAGGACCCCUCCCACGCGCCCCGCGCCAGGGACGAUUGCCUAACCCCGCUGCGAGCGGGAUGCUCAGCGAUGGGCUCAGCAAGCCUUCCUCCCAUCAGCAAGCCUUCCUCCCAUCAGCAAGCCUUCCUCCCAUCAGCAAGCCUUCCUCCCAACGGGGCCGAGGAAGUCUUCCUCCCAGCAUGCCGGAGAAGGCGAUGCUGCGGCUGACAGCAGAGUUUUCUUGGCCCCUGAGCUGCAGAGAAGCCCUUCAGAGGCCGGUAGUGUCAGAUUUUGAGCCCCAGGGCCUGAGUGAAGCCGCCCGCUGGAACUCCAAGGAGAACCUCCUGUCCUGCCCCAGUGAAAAUGACCCCCACCUCUUUGUUGCACUGUACGAUUUUGUGGCGAGUGGGGACAACACUCUCAGCAUAACUAAAGGUGAAAAGCUCCGCGUCCUGGGCUACAAUCACAAUGGCGAAUGGUGUGAGGCUCAAACGAAGAAUGGACAAGGCUGGGUGCCCAGCAACUACAUCACCCCAGUGAAUAGUUUGGAGAAACACUCCUGGUAUCAUGGACCGGUGUCGCGUAACGCUGCCGAGUACCUUCUGAGCAGCGGCAUCAACGGCAGCUUCCUCGUGCGGGAGAGCGAGAGCAGUCCAGGACAGAGAUCUAUUUCCCUGCGAUACGAAGGAAGGGUGUACCACUACAGAAUAAACACUGCAUCCGACGGAAAGCUGUAUGUCUCUUCAGAGAGCCGCUUCAACACGUUGGCGGAGUUGGUCCAUCAUCAUUCGACGGUAGCAGAUGGGCUCAUCACCACUUUACACUACCCAGCGCCCAAACGCAAUAAGCCCACUAUUUACGGGGUGUCCCCGAACUACGACAAGUGGGAGAUAGAGCGAACUGACAUCACUAUGAAGCACAAGCUUGGUGGCGGGCAGUACGGAGAGGUGUACGAAGGAGUCUGGAAGAAGUACAGCCUUACAGUGGCUGUGAAGACCCUAAAGGAAGAUACCAUGGAGGUGGAAGAGUUCUUGAAAGAAGCCGCAGUAAUGAAGGAGAUCAAGCAUCCGAACUUGGUGCAAUUAUUAGGGGUGUGCACACGGGAACCUCCUUUCUACAUCAUCACGGAGUUCAUGACGUACGGGAACCUGCUGGAUUAUCUGCGUGAGUGUAACCGGCAGGAGGUGAAUGCGGUGGUGCUGCUGUACAUGGCGACUCAGAUCUCCUCAGCCAUGGAGUACCUGGAGAAGAAAAACUUCAUUCACAGGGACCUCGCUGCCAGAAACUGCCUUGUAGGGGAGAACCACUUGGUGAAGGUGGCAGACUUUGGCCUGAGCAGGCUAAUGACAGGCGACACAUACACUGCCCACGCUGGAGCAAAAUUCCCUAUCAAGUGGACUGCACCAGAAAGCCUGGCCUACAACAAGUUCUCCAUUAAAUCUGAUGUCUGGGCUUUUGGUGUUCUGCUGUGGGAAAUCGCGACCUACGGCAUGUCCCCGUACCCUGGGAUUGACCUGUCUCAAGUCUAUGAGCUGUUGGAGAAAGACUACCGCAUGGAGCGCCCUGAAGGCUGUCCUGAGAAAGUCUAUGAGCUCAUGAGAGCGUGCUGGCAGUGGAGCCCCUCCGACAGGCCUUCCUUUGCUGAGAUCCAUCAGGCAUUUGAGACGAUGUUUCAGGAAUCCAGCAUAUCGGACGAGGUGGAAAAGGAAUUGGGAAAGAAGGGCAUGAGGAGCGUAGUGAGCAAUUUCCUCCAGGCCCCAGAGUUACCAACCAAAACACGAACGUCAAGGAGAGCUGCUGAAAGCAAAGAUGCCAACGAGGGUUUGGAGACUGCACAUGCUCGAGGCCAGGGGGAAUGUGACCCUCUGGACCACGAGCCUGCUAUUUCUCCCUUGCUCCCACGGAAGGAGAGGGUGGCUCUGGAGAGCAGCUUGAAUGAAGACGAGAGGCUGCUUCCGAAAGACAAGAAGCCCAACCUCUUCAGUGCCCUGAUCAAGAAGAAGAAGAAGACUGCCCCUACCCCUCCGAAGCGGAGCAGUUCCUUCAGAGAGAUGGACGGCCACUCGGACCGCAAGGCGGGUGGGGAGGAAGAGGGCAGGGAUGCUGGCAACGGGGCUUUCACUGCGCCUCCCGCAGAUGCAGGUGAGCCCUCCAAAUUUCAGAGCCCGAGCAACGGGGCUGGUGUCACCAACGGGGUUGUCGCCGGGAACUCUGGAUUUUUAUCUCCCCACUUACGGAAGAAGUCCAGCACGAUGAGCAUCAGUCGGGGGGUGACCGGCGAGGAGGAGAGCAGUUCCAACUCCAGCAAGCGUUUCUUAAGGUCCUGCUCAGCCUCCUGCGUGCCCCACGGAGCCAAGGACACCGAGUGGAAAUCCGUGACUCUGCCUCGGGAUCUGCAGUCCACAGGACGCCAGUUCGAUUCCUCCACUUUUGGGGGGCACAAAAGCGAAAAGCCAGCACUGCCUCGGAAGCGGGCAAACGAGGCCAAGACUGACAUUGCUGUCAGGGGGACAGUGACCCCUCCUCCACGGCUGCUUAAGAAAAACGAAGAGACCACUGACGAUGUGUUCAAAGACGCAGAGUCGAGUCCUGGCUCCAGCCCUCCGACUCUGACGCCGAAACUCGGCCGUAGGCAGCCUGCUGCCCCUCUUUCCUCCAGCGUGCUGCACAAGGACGAUGGAGUCAAAUCCAGUGCCUUAGGUACCACUGUGGCAACGGACCAAGGCUCUGCUGCCAAACCCAACUCUGCUGGGUUUGCAGGUGCCAACAAGGCUUCUGAGGAGCCCCGGCUGAGGAGGCUCAAGCAGACCUCGGAGUCGGCAGGGAAGGACAAAGGGAAGUUAUCGAAGCUGAAACCAGCCCCUCCGCUUCCGCUCUCUUCGUCCUCCGUUGGCAAGCCUGGAAAAGUGUCUCACAGUCCCAGCCACGAAGCAGCAGCAGAUGCGGUGUCGGGUCCGAAAUCCAAACAGUUGACUCAGGUUGCAGAUGCUGCGAGCAGCGAUGCUGUCAAGCCAAACCAGUCCGGGGAAGGCGUGAAGAAGCUGGGGAUCCCCUCUGUACCAAAGCCACAGUCCUCCACAAAGCUGCUGAUGAGCACGGCAACCCCAGCUGCCUCUUCCUCGUCUGUGCCCUCCGCCCCAGGCGGGGAGCAGCCGUCGUCUACGGCCUUCAUCCCUCUCAUAUCCACCAGGGUCUCUCUGCGGAAGACCCGGCAGCCCCCAGAGAGGAUCGCCAGUGGCACCAUCACGAAAGGGGUGGUGCUGGAAAGCACGGAGGCUCUCCGGCUCGCCAUUAGCAAGAACUCGGAACAAAUGGCGAGCCACAGCACUGUCUUGGAGGCCGGCAAGAACCUCUACACCUUCUGCGUGAGCUACGUGGACUCCAUUCAGCAGAUGAGGAACAAAUUUGCCUUUCGGGAGGCCAUCAAUAAGCUGGAGAACAACCUACGGGAGCUUCAGAUCUGCCCAGCGACGGCUGGCAGCGGUCCUGCAGCCACCCAGGACUUUAGCAAACUUCUCAGUUCGGUGAAAGAAAUCAGCGACAUUGUUCAGAGGUAGCAGAAGCCAGGUGUAAAAAAAAAACAAAAAGAAUAAAUCACAGUGGGCCAAAGUCAACUGUUGAGAGAGUAACAGCAUGUGCGGACUGACAAAGGACUGGGGCGUUCAGGAUAGGGCUGUGCAAAAGCCACAGGCUGUUUGUGGAUGCCCCAGCUCCAAAGAGCAGGGCUGUGCUCAAGAGGCACUUUCCACCCUCUUGGCCCAGAUUCCCUGCGUUUCAUUUACUCGUAAUCAUCUUGUCUGUGGAGUUCCUGCCUUGUGGACUACAAGUCUAAGUGCUGAUGUCACAUCAUGCCUUUUUAUUAAUAUUUUAUUGCUCUGGACAGACUGCUAAGACUGACGCCAGACUGAUGGACACUGAGAUGCCAUCCUCCUCAGGAGGACUUCCUACUGCAUUUUCAUGCCCUCCCUCUGCCCCGCUGUGCAGAAGGACUGGUGUUUGAAUAGCAAUAUAACCAUUGCGUUUCUCGGGAGAGUUGCAGCACGUGUCCCCAAAUCUGACAUUUACCUGGCAUUAAUGCAACACACCUGGAGCUUGGGAGAGGAGGGGGGGAAGUCCUUAAUGUAACUUUUUGAAAUGAUAGAAUGCUACAAGUGAUGUUUACCCAAAUUCUUCCUACGAUUCCACCUGCUGCCCUUUGUAUCUGUGUUUUCAGCAUUUUCUUAACGUUUUUGAGCCCAGGUGAGUUGCUUGGGCUCAAACUGUUGCAGACAGCCCCCACUCACGUAGUGGCACGGGAACUCGUCUGCAGGUCUCCUCGGCGGCGAUAAAAUGGACUGGAGAAGGUCCAAAGAAGGACGUUGCUGUUGCACUCUCAUUAUACCUAACAUUAAUUGGGGUGGAGGGUUGCAGCGCAGGCCUGGGAGCAGUGGGCUGGUGCUGAGCAAGGCAUCGCUCCGUCAGUGACGGGAGGGGAUAGCUUAGGGUGAGUUCAGAGAUACCACUGUGCCUCCAGCAGUUGCUUCAGUUGAGCUUGCGCAUCACGGAUGGGCAAGAACUGCUGUUUCUCUAGGUGAAUUUCCAGCCUUUUUUUUAUGCUGUGAGCGGAGGUGGGACCUGGCUUCUGCGCUCCUGUAGAGACCGGUGCUUUGCGGGGCCGCGGUGCUGCCCUUGCCAGGCCAGCGCUGGGUCCCCUCGAAGAGCUCAGCUGCCAGUGCUUAGGGGUUGAAACCAUCGCUACCUUCGUGCUUCGUUCCACCCAGCGUCGUACAAGGAGCUGUGAAGACUGCAGACACCUCUCUUUGGGUAGGUCUCCCGAGGAAGCUGCCAGCAGGGCUCCUGGGCUUCCUUCCCAAGGUCCUGUGACCUUCCCGACUAACGCAACACGACUGGGAACUAACUGUGACUCGUGACCAUAGUGAAAGAACAAGGUUUAGGGCUAUUAACAGUGCAAUUUAACUCUUAACAGUUCCAAACAAGAGAAAAAAAAAAAAAAGGCAUUUUCUAUGUCCUGUCCCCUGUAACUCUUGUGGCCCCUCUUGUGUAUCUUAAACACUAAUUGCCUUCCAUUGUAUUUUAUUCUGUUCUCUUUGGAACUGUUCGUUUUGUAUAUGAUUUCUAGUAGUUCACUCUUGUGUGUUCACGCCACUCCUCGCCCUCACAACCAGCCAUGACUUAACACGUGACAAAUGUUUAAAAGAAACUACACACUUCUGCCACAGGCUGCCUUUAAAAUGUAAGGAAAAGAAAAAAAAAAAAAAAACAAAAAAACUUGGACUGUCUCUUUCCUGGAGGUACUGUUUUUACUUUGAUAACAUAUUGUGCCACUAUAUUAUACAUUUGUAUCUCGUUAUUACACACUUUUGUAGACUUGUCUUUUUUACAGUGUGUAAAUAGCUCUGUCCUUCAUCUCUGUGACACUUCGGGGGGUCGUUUCCCCUUUAACUCGGUCCGGUACAGAUGGUUUCUGUACGCGACUUCCAGUUCUGCCUCCUCUCUUUUCUCUCUCUCUCAUUUUUUUGAUUUAUUUUUUAUUCCAGUCUCUCUCGCGUAGUAUAUUUAAAAAUAAAUCAAUGUUGAGGAA